AUGGGUGUCCCAAAGCAACCGUCAAUUACUGGCACAGUGACGCCCCUCGACCUCUAUCAACUACACCCGGCUCACACGGCCACGCAUACUGACUUGGAUUACGAUAAACUGCUGCAAAAGUUUGGUGUCCCGGAAAAUAUUUCCCUAUCAACACCCCGUGUGGCCCCGGAUGCCGAUGUCACACCGCGUGUCGACGGAAAUACUGCUCCUGGCGAGAGCGAUUAUAAUACCGAGGAAACCAUCAUUGUUAAUCAGCCGGCAGCGGAUGCGCAACUGGAUAUAAAAUCAUGCGAUCGGAUACAAUGUGACCACGGUCGGACAUGUCACAUAUCUGCUGAAAGCGGAAAUGCCGAAUGUGUCUGUCGGGAGCACUGUCCGAAGCGGCAUAAUCCCGUCUGUGGAUCGGAUGGGAUACUGUACUGGAAUCAUUGCGAGCUGCACCGUACCGGCUGUCGGGAGAAUCGGAUCAUCCAUGCCCGGAAUUCUCAUAAGGAUUUCUGUGCAAAUAAAAAAACUCUGCCGGUAGAGGUAAACACGACAUUUCCGCCGUCAUCAACCGACCGAUCCCCACCAAUUUGCCAGAAAACCGAUUAUGCAACGUUCAAGGAGAAAUUAUUGAUAAACUUCUACGAACGUUUGGUGCCGUUAGUGCGCUGGGAAGGAUCGGCCAUGGACAAACGCACAGUGCUGCGGGAUAUGCUGGACAGUUUGGACCAGAAUGGCGAUGAAGUGUUGAAUCAGCAUGAAUUGCAAUCAGCCGGAAGUGAACUCAAUCAGAUAUCGGAAAAGUGUCAUUUGGAUGAUAUUCUCCGCAAUGAGGAUGUGGAUGCUGACCGCGCGGUCAGCCUUAAUGAACUGUUCAUUGCGUAUGGAUUGCCGGUGGAUGAGCCGAUGCCGGUGCACCAGACAUGGACCGUGAUUGCCGGAAACAGUAUCGAAAUUCCAUGCGGUAUCCAUAUACGGCGUCAGACCAGCAGUAGUGAAACAACCCCGGUCACUUGGGAGAGACAUCAUAUCGUUUUAAAUGAUCUGGAGAAUGAGACUGGCAUUCGGAUCGGGAGUUUUGGCUCACUGUACAUUGUCCAUACGCAACUGAUCCAUGCCGGCAACUACUCGUGCUCCACUCCAGCACGUCCGGCCACCGUACAGACCCACAGCCUAAGGGUGCUCCUUGCGCCCGAAGUGGAAGUCCAACCACGCCAGCAGUUUUACCGCCUCAAGGAGAAAGCCACCAUCAAGUGUCAUGCGGUCGGUAUUCCACGGCCAACUGUCAGAUGGUUCAAAAACGAACUGGCCAUCGACAGCAGCCGCACGGGAAAAAUAUCCGAAAAUGGAAGCCUUCUCAUAUUGCCAAAAGUCGAGUAUAAAGAUACCGGUGUAUAUUCUUGCCGAGCGGAAAACGAAGCCGGUGUAUCGAGCGAUAUAUCAUCAGUAUUUAUUGUGGAUCGCACCAAAGAGAAUAUCCAUUACCGGAAACUGGUGUUAACCUUUUAUGCCAAAGGAAUAGCCAUUCAUGAGCCAACACACUGCCAUGUGCGCUAUCAUAUUUACGGGAAUGACAUGAUUCCCGGCACUUCCGACUAUUUGUGUGGUCAAGAUGGACAUCCGUGUGAAUGGGGUGACGCGGUCAACGUAAUGGACAGAUACGUCUAUGCUUCCCAACCGUUGCUCAAUCGCAUUGUCGCGAUCUCAAUGGACCAAAUGUUGGUUGUCCAAGUCAUCAACACGGACAAUAUUCCCGUCAGAUUAGCAUAUGUUCCACAUUUGGAUCAGUUAUGGGUGCUGUGCUGGACGCGUGUCGGGGAUACGAACGGCAAAACAAUCCAGGUCAUUCGUGAUGCAUCCAAUAAACUCCUUCACACCGCCAUCCAUCCCGAACCCCUUAACGGCAAAUUCCCUACCGUCGAGGAUUUUUUUAUCCCGCCUGUCCAGGAAACAGCCAAUAAAUUCACUCAUGCAUACGCUGUGAGCAGUAACGUACAUCAACUGUAUAAAAUCGACAUGAAAUCCUUACGUUUUAUUAAAACCCUGGAUUUAACGCCGUACCGAUGCCAUCCCAAGACCAUUACUUAUUCAUCAUUCGGUGGCCUUGUUUUUUUGGAUUGUGUUGAUAUGGUUCAUGGAACGCCGCGCGGGCAAAUCACUAUGGAUUAUUUGACGGAUGCUGUGCUGUUCCAUGAAGAAUCAAUCAAUGGCAUGACAUUCAUCUCUCCCGAUAGCCGAUACUGGGUCAAUCUGGGAACCGAUGUGAUUCGCGUGCAGGAAAUAACGGAAGACGGACUAGUUUAUUUAUACGAUGUGGUGACACCUCUUCAUCUUGCUGAUGUCACUUUCCAUCCAUCUCACAUUAACCAUUCCUAUGACCUUUACGCAGCUGCCUUAACGAAAGACAAACUCCUAACGCUGGAGCUCGGCACCGCCAAGUUAUCUACUGUGUCCGGAGUCGGUAUGGGAAGCGGACGAAAAUUCAACCACUGGGGCAAUCCGGAUAUGCGAUCCAUCACCUCCAGUGGUAUCUUUGGGCCUUAUGUCGCAAUUACUUCCAAAGACGCGCUGUUCAUCGUCAACAGUGAUACGAAGAGCGUCAACUGCCAGACAAGUUCCCUGGAUAAUGCGCAGAAAUUGAUCUGGGUGGAGUAUCCUUCUUCCGUAAUCUACAGGUGAUUAGAAUUACACGUACAGUACUGGACAAAUCCAUUUCCCUUACUCUGACGGUGGUGUGUCAACAGUGCAUUUCCAAUUUUGUUUCUCUUUUUCUGUUAAGCUAUUUUUAUGUACAACUGCCACGAUUGCCGGCACAUGCGCUGAUCGGGCACUGGAUUGUUUCCGAGAUUAAAAACCAACAGUCAAUUUGUUUCUAAUUAAAAUGUCAAAAGUUUGACGACGUAUUGAACAAGAUUAACGCUAUCGUUUCGACACGAUUGCAUAAUCGGAAUCAGCAAUGGGAAAAUGACAAUUAAGAG